AUGUCGUAUUGGAUGCAAACAAAAGACAUAUUCCAACACCAAGUUCGAGAACAACUUCAACAUAUUCGAACUCAAGAGUAUCCAAGCUGUUCUGCUGUUUCAUCAACCGACAAGUUGGGUGUCUUGAUUGAUGAAUUAAAUGAAUUACAUAAUAGUCCUUUAAAUAUGAAUCUCCAAAAUCCUUUCAUGCCAAAGUUGAGAAGAAACAAUUAUGUAACGAUGAAAUUCGCUCUCGAGAAGAGAAGCGGUCGUAGUGGUAGUCAUUAUAACAACCGUCCUUCAACCACCACUAAUAAUAAAGACAAUAAUAAUUUUAACGUAGUCUUUUCUCUAAACGAAGGGGGGAUCGACGACGAUAAGUUGUUAGAAAAUCCACCAUAUAAAAUACAUUUUUCUAGUAUAGAGGAGCUUAUUUCCCCAUCUACAAAAAGCCGAUCAUAUAACAAAUCACAAAAAGAUCCAACGGCAAAAAUAUAUAUUCCUAGGCCGCAAAACGAAUUCAUGCUCUUCAGAAAAAAUUACAGCAAGGGCCUUAAAAAUCAAAAAAAAAGCAAUCGUACAGCCGGUAAAAUUUCAACAAGUGCUAGAGAGGAGUGGAAUAAUGUCUCUCCGCAAAAAAGAUGA